AUGCCAGUUUUACUGUUACUAUCACUUUUGAUUGUCCAAUGCGGAGGAUGUGACUUUGACCAGAAGGGUGUGGAAAACAUAAAAGCAACCAUCGACUCUAAACCAACUGGAUUUCGGGCAGUUUUUCCUAAGGAUUACAAUGUAGUGCACCAUUACACCAAAAACAUGCUCUGUGAAACGGAUCCGUGCUGCAUAUUCCCUGCAGCAGUGGUUCUCCAGGCAUCCUGGCAUGUGCUUCUCAGGAACCUCUGGGACGAGCAUGUAAAUCACUCCCUGAUCCUUGAGCUGAGGCAGACACUGGAUAAAAUUAUCAGCAAAAAUAGAAAUACAGAGAGAUUCCAAGAGGAGACUGAUCUUACUCAGUUCCCCACCUUAUCUUCGUCUCCAGAGGAACUUCUGAAACUGACGUCAGAACUGUUUACUCGAUGGCUCCAGGUUGGGUGCUUGCCAUCGAUUGAAAGCUGCCCACUGCCCACGUUGCCCUCCUCUGUUCAAAGAAAGGACUAUCUUCCAUCAAGAGCCAGACUCUUGACCACCCGAGCCAUCAGUGAGGUGGAGGAAGGCCAGCCUGACAAGAUGAUAGAUGGUACAGAGCCACUGUCCAGCGGAGGGCCCCCAUCCCUAUGCUAUUCUGCCUCUUUCUGGAGCCCUUUGUUAUUCAGACUCUACUGGUGGUUGCUGCCAUAG